CCUCAUAACUUCAAGUCUCUUUGUCUAAAUAAUCUUUAAGAAAAUGAAGAUGAUGAUAAUCAACAUUUUCUUCAUCCUCUCCCUAGUUUCGUCCAUCUCUUUUGCUUCAGUUCAAGACUUUUGUGUAGCUGAUCCGAGCGGCCCACAAGGCCCAUCAGGAUUUUCUUGCAAGAACCCUGACCAGGUUACCGCAAACGACUUCGCAUUCUCUGGUCUUGCCAAAGCGGGAAACACUUCUAACAUGAUUAAAACCGCAGUGACUACCGGCUUUGUCCCUGCUUUCUCAGGCGUCAAUGGCCUCGGAAUCUCAGUGGUUCGUCUUGACUUAGCCGCGGGUGGUGUAGUCCCUCUUCACAUUCAUCGUGGUGCGUCUGAGGUUCUCAUAGUUAUAGAAGGAACCAUCCGCGGAGGAUUUAUUUCCUCUGAUAACAAAGUUUACUUGAAAACUCUCCAGAAAGGUGAGGUUAUUGUGUUUCCUCAAGGACUUCUUCACUUUGCGCUUAACAAUGGGACAGGCCCUGCCUUGGCCUUUGCUGCGCUCGGAAGCUCCAACCCCGGCGUCCAGCUUGUACCCAGUGCUCUGUUUGCAAGUGAUUUGCCUUCAGAACUCGUUGAAGCCACGACUUUCCUUAGCCGUGAAGAGAUUAAGAGACUUAAGCGUGUGUUUGGAGGAAGUAACUAAGCUUCUCUUGAAUUGUAUGAAAUAAUAAGCAUUGCAUUGCAAACGUCUAAGAUGCCUCGGCACCUAUCAAAUAAUAAGCACUGUAGAGGUCUAAGAUGCCUCGCAGUUAUCAAAUAAUUAAUGAGCAUUGCACCAAGUUCACAGGUU